CUGUAAAACAAGCUGAUACUCAUUUAGCUAUUCCUUGAUUUCGUAUUUAAUUUUUAAUAUGUUUUUGACAUUAUUUCGUCUAAAAUAAUAACUUUGUUUCUCCGGACUUUUUACAUGUUAUUGUAAACGCAAAUUAACAUAAACUGGGUUGUUCGAACAGUCGCCCGGGAGGGCCUAGCAGUUUACCUGAAAAAUCCACAAAUAACGAUCAGUUUAAGUUGAGUGCUAGCGACCGUCUUGCAAAGGAUAUAAUGGGCGAAGCAUUAUUUCCUUCACCUUCUUCGCAAAGAUUGGUUCGAAACAAAGUUGCAUUAAAGCCAGGUAGAAGUCUCAUGCAUUGGAUACGGUUUGUGAAUGAAAAUAAAGUUGCAGGUGUCGAGGGUAGGAAUGGUUCCAUUACGCUUGAAGAACUUGCAAAUCAUAAUACUGUAAAAGAUUGCUGGACAGCUAUCCGAGGAAAAGUUUACAACAUCACUCCAUAUUUGGAGUUUCAUCCUGGAGGUAUAGAAGAGUUAAUGAAGAGUGCAGGGAUAGAUGCUACUACAAUAUUUGAUCAGGUUCAUAGAUGGGUUAAUAUUGAAUCGAUGUUAGCAAAAUGUUAUCUAGGACCAUUAAAAGUAAAUAUAGAGAAAUAUCUAACUAUUGAAGAUUUCUCUGUUCAACAAAAUAAAUUAUCUAAUGCUUCCAAUGAUGAUGGUGAUGAUAAACCAAGAUUUGAUUGGUUCCAGACUUUUAAUGAAGUUGUUCUUGUAAUUUCUCCAAAUAACAUGACAAAGGAUUUCGUGGAUAUUGAAAGAAGUGAUGUUAUUGUUGAUUGCAGUGAUUGCAAAAAUUUAGAUGUUAAAGUUUUAUUAAAAGACAAGUUUUAUCAUUUUUCUUUAAGAUUGGAAAGACAAAUCACUUUUUGUGUUUUAAAGUCUGUAUCAACAAGUAAAAUUGAAAUUGUACUUACUAAGAAGGAACCAAAUAUAACAUGGGUGAAGAUUGGUCUUGAAAAUGCUGGCCAUAAUUCACUUAAAAAUAUAAAUGAAAAAGAAUUAAAGUUUCGAAACUGUCCUAUUAUUUCCAUAGAAAAAGUUACUCAUAACACAAAACUGAUUAAACUUAAACUUCCAGAUAAUGUGCUUUAUCAAUGUGCUAUAGGUCAUCAUGUUAUUCUAAAAGAAAAUAUUGAAGGUGUAGAAGUCCGUCGCAGUUACACUGCUGUUAUCCCAUCUUUGAUUGUUGAUGAUAGCACAUCUGAAGAAGAUGGAGUAAUAUAUUUAAUGGUGAAAAAUUAUCCUGAUGGUGUUUUAAGUCCACAUAUAACAACUCGAAAACAAGGGGAAUAUUUAUCUGUGAGUGAGAGCUUAGGAAGCUUCCCUAAACAGCAUUUAAAACUUACAUCAUCAGUAUAUCUUAUUGCUGCUGGUACAGGGUUAACCCCAAUGAUUCGAUUGAUAAACCAUUUUUUAGUGCACACUAAAGAUUGUAUGGUAAAACUAUUGUUUGCUAACAGAACAGUUCAAGAUAUUUUAUGGAAAGAUCAAAUUGACAGUGCUGUUUGUAGAUUUCAAAAAAGAUUCUUUGCUACUUAUGUACUAAGUGAACCCUCUGUUAAUUGGUCUGGUCUAUGUGGAAAAAUAAAUGAAGAAAUGCUGAAGAUUUUUUUAAACGAGUUGAUAGAACCUCCAAAGAUUCCCCUAACUUUAGAACCUGAUGAAGGAUGUUCAGAACCUAAAAAGCAAAUAAUUCCUUUCCUUUUGGAUAAAGAAUAUUUAAUUGCAAUAUGUGGACCAGAUAAUUUUACUAAUCUCAUGAAAAGCUUGAUACUUAGUAUUGGGGUACAAGAGCAACAAAUACACUGUUUUAUUGGAUGAAAAGAUUUGCAAUGGACUUACGACUAUUUGAUUGGAUGAAAAGAUUUGCAAUGAAUCUUGUGACUAUUUGAUUGAAUGAAACGAUUUGCAAUAGAUCUUUGGAUUUUGUUAAAUGAUUUUUAAACUAGAUCUGUUUGAACUUUUGAAAAAUAAAUUUUUUUUAAGAAUUUUGUAAAUAUUAUCAUGAGUUUCAUGAGUUGGAUAUUUUAUUACAAAGUAAAAAUUGUUUUUCGUGUAUGUGUUUUCUGUAAGACUAGUUUUAAUGUUAUAUUCACAUUUCUCUGUUAAUCUUGAGCGCCAAAUAUUUUGUUUUGAGCGCCAAAUAUUUUUUUGUUUUUAAAAAGUAUUUUGUUAUAAUAUGUUGUAAUGUAUUUAAAUAUUUUAACGCUUUAUUGAAUUAUACAAAGAAAUUUAUUCUUUCCUCUCCUCUCUCCUCCUGAACUCUUAAUUAUGGGUGUUUUUGUUUAGGAUACCUUUCAAGUUUUUAUUAUGAUUCCUUUAUUUCUUGUUUUUGAGUUUUUCUUAUUAUUCAGUGUUCUAUUUUUCUUAUCAUUCAGUAUUCUAGUGUUUUCGGUGUAUUAACAAUUUAGUUAUAUUUUUUCAAAAUAUAUGUUCAGUAUUUAUAUAGGAUUUUUCUAUCUGAUUAUAUUUUAUAACUUUUCGAUUUCAAACAACUUUAGGUUAAAAUAUAUGAACCCUUCACAAAAGGUCUUUAAACCGACCCCUCCUUUAAAAGGAAGUUUUCCACUAGAUCACGAUGGCGAAUGCAAAGAGUUUAUGAAAAAAUUUAUGAGCUGCUUAAAA